AUGGCACCUAGAAAACAACGAAAAUCAUAUUCUACUGUCUCCACCAGCGCCAUUUCUCGCUCACUUACAACCGAAUAUACAAAAGUCAUCGGAAAAACAAUACCCCAACUCUACGGCAAGAUCCAAGAAGACGGCGCCAUCCGCCAAAAAUGGCUCGAAGACCCAAAAGACCCAACAUGCACCAUCAAGCCCACAACCCUUACAAUCAAGAAGCUCAAGAAACAAGGCUGGAUAUUCAGAACUAAUAUCAUACACACCCCAUGUGAAAUCAAAACAGAAUUUACCAACCAAGGAACCCUCAAAUACGAAGAAUUCCGAGACAUAUUGCUCACCAAGCCAUGCGCAGACAGCGAAAGAAACUUCCACUGGAUCCUCCUAGGAAACGGUAUAAUCUACGUCAAAGAUAUCAAUAGACACGACGGACCCCCAUUCUCCGAAAUCGCAACAACCCUCUACAAAGCCGGGGCGCCAAUGGAGUCUCUCCAGCAUGUCUAUUUCGAUAAUGUCGUUAACCUCAAUACCAAGCGGUUUGUUGUGAACAGGCUUUAUACCGAAAAGGGGCUUGACUUCCUUGCGCCGCGUCGCCCGAUUAUGGUUUGGAGAUAUGAUACUCCUGAGUAUCAGGGUCUUCUGGGGACGCGUCUUGGUAAGGCUGUCGCUUACAUGGUUCUCGGGGCAUUCUCUAGGGGGACGCACUAUAUUUCUCAGGUUGUUUCCUUUGCGGGGCCGGGUAAUUGUUGUGCGCUUCAUUUGAGGUUUGAUAUUGAGCCGAUUCCGGUCGGUUUGGAUCGGGUUGUUUAG